AUGGCGCCUCCUGGGACGACCCUUGAUUCGAACGGAUUCUAUCUCGGCCCGUCGACUAUCAUUGAUCGAGAGAUGUGUGCUCCCACGCCCGAAUCAAUCACUGACGACCCUGGAAGCGAAGCUGAGCCACCCUCUGCAGCAUCGCCACGUACCCCCGUUAAUGCCGAGAUCCGAGCAUCUCACGGUCACUCAACUAAGCUCAUAGCUUUUGGGUCAUUCAGGCUCUCACGCAACGAUACAGACCGCCGUGAGUGGCAGAUACAGGAUGGUUCCGUGUCCCUGCCAUUCCCACCAGCAGUUCUCGUUGAGUCCCAGAGGCGGGGUUGGCUCCGCUUGGAAGUGGUCGAGCAUGUCAGCCACCCAGAUUUCGCAACAUGUCGCAUCUACUUGUUACCAGAGGAUGUUGACAGAUCUAUUCGAGCAUCACCAAAGCCAUUCCGCAAGGUGAUCAAAUGGCUCAUUCCUUUCGUCGACAUAUCUCCAGCCGGGUGGACUGCAGAGUGGCACGAACAGAUCCCACCUCACAAAUACGGUUUGCCUUCAGCCGACCAAGAGGAAUCGCUCUUCUACAUCUUCAACACCCUCGACUCGCCGACAGUUCAUGACUUCGAUGGCUCCUCAUAUGCGCGUGAUGCCAUGGAUCAUCUUCUGGGUGACAGCGUUGGUGGCCUGAUAACAAAGCUUUAUCCAUACCAGAAGCGCUCCGUGGCAUCUAUGCUACGAAGAGAGGAGAGCCCCGUCAAGUCUCAAGACGCCAGGAAACCUCAGUACAUUGACCUCGAGGGCAACAAAUUCUACAUGGAUGUCUUCGAAGGCGUAGUUGUUCGACACUCUCAGCUUUACGUUGAACCAAGAGGAGGCAUUCUCGCUGAGACCAUGGGCUACGGCAAGACACUGGCUUGUAUAGCUCUCAUCCUUGCCACACGCGGCUUCUAUCCACGGGUACCCGAAGCUCGAAUUGAGCGGUCGGAGACACCUCUCUAUCCGACCACUCCUAGCCUUUUGAGCAUGGCGGCCAGAUCGCUGAGGCACAAAGGUCUGCCCUGGAAGGCUGAAUUGCAUGCUCUAAGAGCGCAAGGCUAUCAUUAUGAUAAAUGCUUGGAAGAGUUGCAGAAGUACCAGCGUGAAUUUGGCGAGCCUAUAUUUCAUCCGACCACACCCGGACGCAAGGCUAGCAAGCGAGAGUCCGAGAGGACCCUCCGGCUUUGCAACGCUACAUUGGUGAUAGUCCCACCAAAUUUAAUCGUGCAGUGGCAACAUGAGAUUCGCAAGCAUACAGAGGCUGGGGCCCUUGACGUACUAGUCAUCGACAUGAGCACGAAGAAGAUCCCGGAUUGGGACGUACUGGUGGCUUACGACAUUGUCCUUAUCUCAAAAAAUCGCCUUGACCAAGAGUAUCGCGACGAUGAUCUGAAUCAAGGGAAGAGGUUCAAGGGUUCCGAUAGAGUCUCAUCAUCUUUGACUGAGGUCCGCUGGCUGCGCGUCAUCUGCGACGAGGGUCACUCCUUCGCAAGCUCAACGGCUAGGACCAGGACGAUGGCAAUGCUCGACAAGCUUUCCAUCGAACGACGAUGGAUUAUAUCUGGAACUCCUUCAAGCUCCUUGAUCGGAGUAGACGUCAAUUUGGCUGCAGAUGAGACUCGGAGAGGGCGACGCAGGGACUCUAUGGAACAAGCCCUUGAACAACGGCGUCUGCCUGACUCUGCCAAGCAAGAAGAAAAGGACAUGGACCGCCUGCGCCUCAUCGUCGUGAACUUCCUCAAAGUUCAGCCAUGGGCCAACCAGAAGGGAGCCGACCAAGCCAGUUGGAGGAAAUAUCUCUCACCCUUCGAUGCAGACGGUAAUCGACGGUGUGCUCCUGGCUUAAGGCCUUUGUUACAGAGUCUGAUGGUUCGUCACCGAAUCAGGGAUAUCGAUCUAGAUGUAACACUGCCGCCCUUGCACAACAACACGGUCUAUCUGGAGCCCUCGUACUACGACAAGCUCGCGCUAAACAUGUUCAUACUUGUCCUCACAUCGAAUGCUAUCACCUCUGAGAGAACCGAUGAAGACUACAUGCACCACCCAAAGAACAGGAAGAAUCUCGAUCUACUUAUCAGUAAUCUGCGGCAGUCGACCUUUCACUGGGUGGGCUUCACCGAAGAGCAGAUCCAGGAAACGCUCAAAGUCUGCAACAACUACUUUGACCAGCAUCUAGACACCCUGUCCGACGCAGAUGCCUGUUUGCUGACGCAAGCCAUCAUGCACGCUGAGCAUGCAUCUGGUGACCCAGGCUGGCGAGCAUUUUCGAAACUCCAUGAAAUCGGUGUCUAUGUCGAGCACUUCCCGCAAGAGGCAGCUAGAGCCUGGUCGCUGCAUGGCCAAGGCGGCAAUUCACUGCUCAUGGGUACGGUACAAGCCCGCGAAGCACAAAAGUACGUGCACAGCCACCUGCAUGAGCCAGAUCCCGCGUCCGGACUGGUUGGCGCUGGCAUGCGCGCCAUGAUCGAUGCCCAUAGACGUGCUGCUGAAGAAGAGAGUCAAAAGUCCAAAUCCACCAAGCCUGGAGCCACCACAGCUACCGCCAGUGGCGCGCAGCAACCACCAGGCGUCUCCGAGGAGCCCAAAGUCCGGCCAUCCCUUUCGAAGCCGCUCUCCAGCACGACGAACAAGUCGCCCUCGCCACGAAAACGUGCCCUCUCAUCACCUACUGCUGCUGCUGCAUCGUCCUCAAUCGCCGCCAACCCCGUGCUAGCCGCUCCCAAAAUCACCGGCUUCACCUCCGCCAAGCUCACCUACCUCUGCACAUCCCUCCUCUCCCUCCCACCCCAAACCAAGUCCCUCAUCUUCUACGACGCCAACAACACAGCCUUCUGGCUCGCCGAAGCGCUCGAGCUCCUCGGCAUCCCCUUCCUCAUCUACAGCAACACGCUCCCGCCGUCCACGCGCGCCAAGUACCUCAGCAUGUUCAACACGGAAUCGCGCUGGCGCGUGCUGCUCAUGGACCUCAAGCAGGCCAGCACGGGCCUGCACGUCGCGAGCGCCAGCCGCGUCUGGAUCGUCACGCCCAUCUGGCGCCGCGAGGUCGAGGCCCAGGCCAUCAAGCGCGCCCACCGGAUUGGCCAGACGCGCGAGGUCCAUGUCGAGACCCUCGUGCUGCGCGGCACCAUCGAGGAGCGUCUGUGGCGCCGGCGCAAGGGCGUCACUGAAGCGGAGGUGCGCAGGCUGGCUGCGGUGGCGGGUGGUGGAGCGGCGGGCGCAGGAAGCACGGCGGCGCAGAGUAUUGGGAGUGGUGGCUGGUUGGAGGACGAUGGCGUGGUGGGCAUCAUCAAGAACGAGGGGUUCCUGGACUUGGCGCAGGGCCAGAAUGGGGAUGGCACGGAGGCCGCGUGUCGCCUGGAGGCGGCGGUGCCACUGUUCUUGCGCCAGCAGGAGGGUGACGCGGACGAGCGCGCCGCGUUGGGUGGCGAUGGCGAGGAGGCUGCGGUAGGGCAGCCGAGGGAGAGGGAGAGGAAGAGGCGAAAGAACAAGAGCGUGGUGAGCUUUGUGGAUGUGCCGUCUGCUUCGGGAGUGGCGCCUCCGACGCCGCCGGAGUCGAGCCAUGGGUAUCGAAGUAUCUUUGGUGGUGUUGGUGUUGGUGUUGGUGUUGGAGCUGGUGUUGGCGUUGAUGCUCGUGCCGAGCGACUUGAAGUCCCGGGUCAGGCGUCAGUUGGACAGAAGAGUGUGGGGUUUGUCAUCGAGGUUCCUGGAGGCCAGAGCCAGCGCCAGGAAUAG